GUGUCCUCCUCCUGGCUCUGUAUGCUACUGCUCUUUGUCAAAUUGUUGGACGAUGCAUUUUUUUUUUUUUAAAUUUUUUGGUUGGUUCAGCAUAUACUGUAAAGUGUAAACAAGCCCCCACACAACUUGCUCCUACUCACAAAACAUCAAACUAAGCAGCCUUCCCAAGGUCCUUUCUCUGCUCCCUGGGUUCGGUAGUUCCUGCUCCCUCCUCCAACUUCAGAUGGUCAAAUGACGGUUUAUGACAGCCGAGCAGAAGAAAAGGCCUACUUUGCUAAUAAACGUUGAAUGAUCACCUCAUCUAGAUGCUUGAGCAAUUCUGGAGAGUUUGAACACUCUUAACCUGCCCUCUCCUGCGUGUGCUGACUAUGUUUAUGUGAUGAGAUUGAACUCUUAAACUCUCGUUAAAGCUGAACGAUUUGUUCAUCUACUAAUUUUAACAGCAGAGUUGCUUUACUUUUUCAAUUCUUGUUUGCAGGAUUAUCUAUAGAAUGAAAUAUUUGUGUGAAGUAGACCUUAGAAGCUAGGAUCUUGAUGGGGUGCUUAUACUCGAAAAACGCCAGGAAUGUCCCUGGCUAUGAGGAACCUACUGUACUUGCUGCUGAGACGCCUUUUACAGUAGAUGAAGUACAGGCAUUAUAUGAGCUAUUUAAGAAAAUUAGCAGCUCCAUAAUUGAUGACGGGCUUAUCCACAAGGAAGAGUUUCAGCUUGCUCUGUUCAGGAACAGAAACAGGAGGAAUUUAUUUGCAGACAGGAUAAAUCUGCAAUUAGUGGUAUCCUUGCUGAAUCUUUGGCACAUUAUCAUGCAGGUAUUUGAUCUGUUUGAUCUAAAACGCAAUGGAGUAAUUGAAUUUGGUGAAUUUGUCCGAUCUCUGGGCGUGUUUCAUCCAAAUGCACCUAUGGCUGACAAAAUUGCAUUUGCAUUCAGGUUGUAUGAUCUAAGGCACACUGGUUAUAUUGAAAGAGAAGAGUUAAAAGAGAUGGUACUGGCUCUUCUGCACGAAUCAGAUCUCGUGCUUUCAGAUGAUGUUGUCGAAAUGAUCGUGGAUAAGACAUUCAAAGAUGCAGAUACCAAAGGUGAUGGAAGGAUUGAUCAAGAAGAGUGGAAGGAGUUUGUGUCGAGGUAUCCAUCCCUUAUGAAGAACAUGACACUUCCAUAUCUGAAGGAUAUCACGUUAGCAUUUCCAAGCUUUGUUUUAAGCUCUGAAGUUGAAGAUUCAGAAAUGUUGGUUGAGGUUUAAAGAAAAACUGUUGCAAGGAUGCAAGCUUUGCAACUAUCGGAUGCAAGAAGUUGUUCUAAGCAGCACAAUAUAUAGUUUGUGCAUUAGUUUCUAAGGAUGGUGGUUUUUACCUCGAGUACAGCUUAAUUAUAUAGAGAGAAGCUUUAGAUGCUGCUAAACCAUCUUGAAGUAGGCAACAUCCCCGUAACAGAACCUUUUUCUUUCCUUUUUUUUCCCUUUAAGCCUAGAGCGAGGGGGAGGGGGGGAAAGAGAGCAUGUACAGAAGAAACUCUGCCUUUCCAGGCUUUUGAGUAAAGAACUCCAGUCCAUAAUGGUCGGAGACACUGUGUUUUGUUCUCUGGUGCAAAAUAUACUGAGCGGCUUUAGGCGGCUGAAAUCUUGCUCGGAGACCGUAAAAUGUAAGCUUAGCUUUCUUGAUGGUACCAGAAUCCAUGUUUAAAUAUUCACACUCCUAUAUGCAUAUACCAUACUUACUGUGUACGAA